GAAAUAAAAACAAAGUGAAGUAUCUUUCGAGCGCUUCUUCAGCUGACGAUCUUUGUCCAAUGUGAGCCGUGCUGUUCGUCGGCCAGUAGAGAGCCAGGGUUUCAGCAGAAACGCAGCGGCGCUAUGGGGAAGAAACAGAAGAAAUCCGGGGAGGACAGCGCCAAAGACGACGGCGUGGACAUCGACGCUCUGGCUGCAGAAAUCGAAGGAACCGGCGCUUCUAAAGAGCAGAAAGGAAAGAAGAGCAAGAAGAAAGGAAACAAGAAAGACGACUUUGAUGAGGAUGACAUCCUGAAGGAGCUGGAGGAGCUUUCCAUAGAGGCGCACGGGGGCAAGGCGACCAAAGAAGACGUAGAAACCCCGGAGCCUCCCAAACCAGAGAAGAAGAAGACCAGGAAGGGGAAGAAAGGCGGAGCCAGUCCCGAGGAUGAGGAAGGCGAUGAAGGCCAAGUUGACGGGGAGAAGAACGGAGAGCAGAAGGAGAAGAACAAGGAGCCUCCAGCUGCUCCUCCCUCCGACUCGGAUGAUGACAGCUCCUCGCGCUCCCGAGCCAAGACCAAAGGAGGAAAGAAAGGAGGGAAGAAACAAUCUGCGUCCGACGAAGAGGAGCCCCAGGAGACGGAGACGAAGAAGGAAGGUUUAGAGGGAGGCAAGGAGGCGGAGUCGGACGGCGACGAGGAGGAGUUCAGCUUCAGGAGGGACAAGAAGAAGAAGAGCAAAGGGAAGGCCGCCAAGGCCGAGAGCGACCAUGAGGAGGAGCAGGACGACGAGGUGGGGGGCUUCAAGAUCAAGACGGCGGCGCAGAAGAAGGCGGAGAAGAAGGAGAGGGAGAAGAAGAAGAAGGAGGAGGAGAGGAUGAAGCAGAAGAAGCUGAAGGAGAAGGAGGCCACGGCCGAGGUCAAACCAGAGUCUGAGGAGGCGCCUCCUCCUGCAGCCGAGGAACCGGAGGGGGCGGAGCCAGCAGCAGAGGAGGAGAACGAAGGAGACAAGAAGAAGAAAGACAAGAAGAAGAAGAAGGGAGAGAAGGAGGAGAAGAAGACCAAGGGUCCCAGCAAGGCCACGGUGAAGGCCAUGCAGGAGGCGUUGGCCAAGAUGAAGGAGGAGGAGGAGCGAGCCAGGAAAGAGGAAGAGGAGAGGCUGAGGAGGCUGGAGGAGCUGGAGAACCAGAGGCAGGAGCAGGAGCGACUGGAGCAGGAGCGGAAGGAGAAGAAGAAGCAGAAGGAGAAGGAGAGGAGGGAGCGGCUGAAGAAGGAGGGCAAGCUCCUGACCAAGGCUCAGAGGGAGGCCAAAGCUCGGGCCGAGGCCACGCUCAAGCUGCUGCAGGCUCAGGGUGUUGAGGUGCCAUCCAAAGACGGCGCGCCAAAGAAGAAACCGGUUUAUGGAGACAAGAGGAAGAAGAAGCAGAAUCAGCAGACCUCCGAAGAAAAAUCAGAGGUCACUUCUCCGGUCUCAGAGACUCCGGAGCCCGUUCCCAUGGAGACGGAGGCCGAGGCGCCGUCCGCAGAGCCAGGUGAGGGGGUGUCUGUCGGUAAGGGAGGAGCAGAAACGAAGGCGGAGGCCGACUUGGACGACUGGGAGGCCAUGGCCAGCGACGAGGAGAAAGAGAGGAAACGAAGACGCGCAGCAGAGUUGAAAAAAGUCCACAUCGAGGUGAAGGAGGAUUCGGCUGCUCCUCAUCAGCCUGCGGCCAGUGAGGAGGAGGAUGAGGAAGAGGAGGAGGAAGAUGACGAUGAUGAGGAGGAGGAGGAAGAAGACGAGGAGGAGGAGGAGAGUGAGGAAGAAGCAGAGAAAGAGCCGGCGGCGGCGGGUCAUGGGAAGAGGAGAGCGGCGAGCGAAGAGGAGAGCAGCGAGAGUGACGACGACGACGGGAGGACGAAGGAGGAGCGGCUGUACGACCGCGCCAAGAAGAGGAUAGAGAAACGGCGAGCGGAGAACCUGAAGAACAUCGACCCGGACAGGCUGCGGGCGCCGGUGGUCUGCGUUCUGGGACACGUGGACACGGGGAAGACCAAGAUCCUGGAUAAGCUGCGACACACCCACGUCCAGGACGGCGAGGCCGGAGGAAUCACGCAGCAGAUCGGCGCCACCAACGUCCCCAAGGAGACCAUCGAGGAGCAGACCAAGAUGGUUAAAAAUUUCGACAAAGAAAGCGUCAGGAUCCCCGGCAUGCUGAUCAUCGACACGCCAGGACACGAGUCCUUCAGUAACCUUAGGAACAGAGGCAGCUCUCUGUGCGACAUCGCCAUCCUGGUGGUGGACAUCAUGCACGGCCUGGAGCCUCAGACCAUCGAGUCCAUCAACCUGCUGAAGGAGAAGAAGUGUCCGUUCAUCGUCGCCCUGAACAAGAUCGACCGACUCUACGACUGGAAGAAGAGCCCGGAGACGGACGUGGUGGCCACGCUGAAGAAGCAGAAGAAGAACACCAAAGACGAGUUUGACGAGCGGACCAAGGCCAUUAUCGUGGAGUUUGCCCAGCAGAGUCUGAACGCCGCCUUGUUCUACGAGAACAAGGACCCCAGGACGUUCGUGUCGCUGGUACCCACCUCGGCUCACAGCGGCGACGGGAUGGGGAACCUCAUCGCCCUGUUGGUGGAGCUCACUCAGACCAUGCUGGCCCGCCGCCUGGCCCACUGCGACGAGCUGAGAGCUCAGGUCAUGGAGGUGAAAGCGCUGCCCGGGAUGGGAACCACGAUAGACGUCAUCCUGAUCAAUGGCCGUCUGCGUGAAGGAGAGACCAUCAUCGUCCCGGGGGUGGAGGGACCCAUCGUGACGCAGAUCAGAGGCCUGCUGCUGCCGCCGCCGCUGAAGGAGCUGCGAGUCAAAAGCCAGUACGAGAAGCACAAGGAGGUGUCCACGUCUCAGGGGGUGAAGAUUUUAGGGAAGGACUUGGAGAAGACGUUGGCAGGGCUCCCCCUGCUGGUGGCCCACAGAGAAGACGAGAUCCCCGUCUUAAGGGAUGAGCUGGUGAAGGAGCUGAAACAGACCCUGAGCUCCAUCAAGCUGGAGGAGAAAGGCGUUUAUGUCCAGGCGUCCACGCUGGGCUCCCUGGAGGCCCUCCUGGAGUUCCUCCGGACGUCCAAAGUCCCCUACGCCGGCAUCAACAUCGGCCCCGUUCACAAGAGGGACGUGAUGAAGGCGUCCACCAUGCUGGAGCACGAUCCGCAGUACGCGGUGAUCCUGGCCUUCGACGUGAAGGUGGAGAGGGAGAGCCAGGAGAUGGCCGACAGUCUGGGAGUUCGGAUCUUCUCAGCAGAGAUCAUCUACCACCUGUUUGACGCAUUCACCAAAUACAGAGAGGACUAUAAGAAGGCCAAGCAGGAAGAGUUCAAGCACAUAGCCGUGUUCCCGGCGAAGCUCCGAGUUCUUCCUCAGUUCAUCUUUAACUCCAGAGACCCCAUCGUGAUCGGCGUGUCGGUGGAGGCGGGGCUUCUGAAGCAGGGAACGCCGCUGUGUGUGCCCAGCAAAGGGUUUGUGGAUAUCGGAAUAGUCACCAGCAUCGAGAUCAACCACAAGGCGGUGGACAUGGCCAAGAAAGGCCAGGAGAUCUGCGUCAAGAUCGAACCCAUCCCCGGGGAGUCCCCCAAGAUGUACGGCCGCCACUUCGAAGCCACGGACAUCAUUGUCAGCAAGAUCACCCGAGCGUCCAUCGACGCCCUGAAGAACUGGUUCCGAGACGAGAUGCAGAAAUCCGACUGGCAGCUGAUCAUGGAGCUGAAGAAGACCUUCGAGAUCAUUUGAUGGAGCCGAAACACGAAAUACAAGCCGACAGAAUCUUCCUCCACCAGCCGAGGAGGAGGAGGAGGAGGAAGUGACGGAGCAACAAAUAAAUAAAACCCCAGAAACAGCAAAGAAGAGUUUUUCUGUGAGAAACGAAGCGUUUUUUCCACUGUUGUAAACAGUGAUAGUCUAGACACACUCAGUACUCCAACGUGCCUGUUCUUCAGCAUCAACGUCGUCAUUCUUCUUCUUCACGGUCCCCCCGCUCUCUGUGUCGCCGCUACUGCUGCUUCCUGGUGCAGGCUCCGCCCCCGCCCCGUCGAUGAGCUGAAUGCGGAGGAACCGUUUCUCUGCGGCUCCAGAGCAGCAGGCGACGGGGACUCUGAGGACUGACUUUGGUUCUGCUGUCGGUUGAAAAGCAGGAGGAGUGACGGAAGAUUUUAAAACUGUUUUUGCUGCAACUGCUGAUGUAAUAAAUUCCCAUGAUUCUAAUAAAA